GCGCUGUCUGGGCCCGGACCCCAGCCCCAGCCCCAGAGCUGAGGAACGCGGCCCACACUCGGGGAGAACGUUAAGUUGGAUAAAAGAGGAGUGCGAUCAUGCACCAUGGCAGCGGCCCUCAGAAUGUCCAGCACCAGCUGCAGAGGUCAAGGGCCUUCGCCGGCAGCGAAGGAGAAGAGCAGCAGGCCCAUCCCAACCCCCCUCAGUCCCCUGCCACGCCCUUCGCCCCGGCGGUGAGCCCAUCUGCACCCCAGUCCCCCGGUUACCAAGUUUCACAGCUGAUGAAUCGGAGUCCUGUGGCCGGGCAGAACGUGAAUAUCACCCUUCAGAAUGUGGGGCCGGUGGUGGGCGGAAACCCCCAGAUCACGCUGGCUCCCCUGCCGCUGCCCAGCCCCACUUCUCCAGGAUUCCAGUUCAGCGCGCAGCAGAGGCGGUUUGAGCACGGGUCUCCGUCAUACAUCCAGGUCACCUCGCCGCUGUCGCAGCAGGUGCAGACUCAGAGCCCCACCCAGCCCAGCCCCGGGCCAGGGCCGGGCCUGCAGAGCGUGCGGGCAGGUGCCCCCGGCCCCGGCCUGGGUCUCUGCAGCAGCAGUCCCACCGGGGGCUUUGUGGAUGCCAGCAUGCUGGUGAGGCAGAUCAGCCUGAGCCCGUCCAGCGGCGGCCACUUCGUGUUCCAGGAGGGCUCGGGCCUGGCGCAGAUGGCCCCGGGCACCCAGGUUCAGCUGCAGCAUGCGGGGGCGCCCAUCACGGUCAGCAGAGAACGGAGACUCUCACAGCCCCACGCGCAGUCUGGGGGUACUGUCCACCACCUGGGGCCUCAGAGCCCCGCGGCCGCGGGCGGGGCAGGCCUGCAGCCUUUGUCCAGCCCCGGCCAUAUCACCACGACGAGCUUGCCACCCCAGAUCAGCAGCAUCAUCCAGGGGCAGCUGAUCCAGCAGCAGCAGGUGCUGCAGGGGCCACCACUGACCAGACCUCUGCUCCCUGGGGUUGGGGUCGGGGUCGGGGGGACUUCGGCGUUUGGGAUGACGUCCCCACCGCCCCCCACCAGCCCUUCCAGGACCGCAGUGCCCCCGGGCCUCUCCAGCCUUCCCCUCUCGUCUGCGGGGAGCACAGGCGUGAGGAAGGCUCCCAGAAAGUUGGAGGAGAUCCCCCCGGCCUCCCAGGAGCUGGCUCAGAUGAGGAAGCAGUGCCUGGACUAUCACUACAGGGAGAUGGAGGCGCUGAAGGAGGCCUUCAAGGAGUACUUGAUCGAACUGUUCUUCCUGCAGCACCUUCAAGGGAACAUGAUGGAUUUCUUAGCGUUUAAGAAGAAACAUUAUGCCCCUUUACAAGCUUAUCUUAGGCAGAAUGAUUUGGACCUUGAAGAAGAGGAUGAGGAGGAGGAGGAGGAAGAAGAGAAGUCUGAGGUUAUCAAUGAUGAGCAAGCCCUUGCAGGGACCCUGGUGGCAGGAGCCGGAAGUGCGAUUGAAACGGAUCCCUUUAAGAGACAGCAGGCGGGACCCCCGGCAGAGCAGUCUAAGAGACCUCGACUUGAAGUGGGUCACCAAGGGGUAGUUUUCCAGCACCCAGGGGUGAAUACAGGAGUUCCUCUCCAGCAGUUAAUGCCGACAGUUCAAGGAGGAAUGCCUCCUGCCCCGCAGGCCGCUCAGCUCGCCGGCCAGAAGCAGAGCCAGCAGCAGUACGACCCCUCUACUGGGCCCCCGGUGCAGAAUGCCGCCAGCCUGCACACGCCUCCGCCGCAGCUGCCCACCAGGCUGCCCCCGGCCGGCCUCCCCGCCACACCACUGCCCCCCGCGCUGCAGUUCCCCCCGCAGCCGCAGAUGGCGGAGCCCCAGACCCAGCUCCCAGUCCCCAUGAAGACGCAGCCACCCAACGCUCCGGUCCCCGCGCCCCCGCCCGGUCAACUCUCCACAGCUCCCCCGCAGCCCACGCCACCCACCCUCCACAUCCCGAUGCCCGGGAAGGCGCAGAUGCAGGCCCCUCCACUCCCGGCCCAGCCACAGACGGUGGCACCGACCAGACCGCCCGUGGACCCCACCCAGUCCUGCCUGCGGCCCCCGCCCUCCACCUCUACUACCUCGACUGUUGCCCCCGCCAGCGGCUCAGGCCUGGGACCUUCACCUGCACGCGCCUCCCCAGUGAAUAGACCCUCCUUGGCAACCAACAAGUCACUGUCUCCGGUCACCUCCCGCGCUCCGUGGGGAGCCGUGUCGGCACCCCCGAAACCACAGAGCCCAGCUCAGAAUGCUGCCCCACCCCAGGACAGUUCUCAGGAUAAGCUGGCAGAACAAAUAGCCUUGGAAAACCAGAUCCAUCAGCGCAUAGCAGAUUUAAGGAAGGAAGGCCUGUGGUCCCUCCGACGGCUGCCCAAACUUCAGGAGGCCCCGCGGCCCAAAUCACACUGGGACUACCUGCUGGAGGAGAUGCAGUGGAUGGCCACGGACUUCGCCCAGGAGAGGAGGUGGAAGGUGGCCGCUGCUAAGAAGCUUGUCAGAACUGUAGCUCGUCAUCAUGAAGAGAAGAAGCUUCGGGAGGAAAGGGGGAAGAAAGAAGAACAGAACCGAUUGAGGCGAAUAGCUGCCUCAACUGCUAGAGAAAUAGAGUACUUUUGGUCAAAUAUUGAACAGGUCGUGGAAAUAAAACUACAAGUAGAAUUAGAAGAAAAAAGGAAAAAGGCUUUAAAUUUACAGAAAGUUUCCCGGAAAGGAAAAGAGUUGAGACCUAAGGGACUUGAUGUACUACCGGAAAACUUUCUGGAUUCGGGAAUAUCUGGAAGAAAAAGAAAAGCGAGCACGUCUUUAACCGAUGACGAAGUGGAAGAUGAAGAGGAGACGAUUGAGGAGGAAGAAGCGAAUGAAGGGGUCGUGGAUCACCAAACAGAGCUGUCUAAUCUAGCCAAAGAAGCUGAAUUACCAUUGAUCGAUUUAAUGAAGUUGUAUGAAGGUGCCUUUCUGCCAAAUUUCCAGUGGCCCCAACCUAAGCCUGACAGUGAGGAGACAAGUGAAGAAGAAGACAUGGAAGACUGCCCAGGGGACCGCGAGAGCCGGAAGGACGUGGUUCUCAUUGACUCGCUCUUCAUCAUGGACCAGUUUAAAGCUGCAGAGAGAGUGAUUGUCGGGAAGCCUCAUACCAGGGACAUCGCAGAAGUGACUGCUGUGGCUGAAGCCAUCCUGCCCAAGGGCAGUGCUCGGAUCAGCACCGCGGUGAAGUUGAAUGCCCCGGCCCUGCUGUACGGUGCCCUCAGGGAUUACCAGAAGAUCGGCCUGGACUGGCUGGCCAAGCUCUACCGCAAGAACCUCAAUGGCAUAUUGGCAGAUGAAGCUGGGCUUGGGAAAACAGUGCAGAUCAUUGCCUUCUUUGCUCACCUAGCCUGUAAUGAAGGCAACUGGGGCCCUCACCUUGUUGUGGUGAGGAGCUGCAACAUACUCAAGUGGGAGCUCGAGUUGAAGCGUUGGUGUCCGGGGCUCAAAACGCUCUUGUAUGUUGGCAGCCAUAGAGAACUCAAGGCAAAGAGACAGGAGUGGACGGAGCCCAACAGCUUCAACAUCUGCAUCACAUCCUACAAGCAGUUCUUCAAGGGCUUUGCGUCCUUCACGCGGGUGCGCUGGAAGUGCCUGGUCAUCGAUGAGAUGCAGCGCGUGAAGGGCAUGACCGAGAGGCACUGGGAGGCCGUGUUCACCCUGCAGAGCCAGCAGCGUCUGCUCCUCAUCGACGCGCCCCUGCACAACACCUUCCUGGAGUUGUGGACCAUGGUGCACUUCCUCAUCCCCGGCAUCUCCAGGCCCUACCUGCACUUCCCCCUGAAGGCCCCCAACGAGGAGAACCAGGACUACUACCACAAAGUGGUCAUCCGGCUGCACCGGGUGACACAGCCCUUCAUUUUGCGGAGAACUAAGAGAGACGUAGAGAAGCAGCUGACGAAGAAAUACGAGCAUGUCCUCAAGUGCCGCCUCUCCAAUCGACAGAAGGCCUUGUACGAGGAUGUCAUCCUGCAGCCGGGGACCCAGGAAGCGCUGAAGAGCGGGCACUUUGUGGACGUGCUGAGCAUCCUCCUGAGGCUGCAGCGGAUCUGCAACCAUCCUGGGCUGGUGGCACCCCGGCUCCCGGAGUCCUCCUACACUGCAGGGCCGCUGCAGUACCGCUCCGCCUCACUCGUCCUGAAGGCGCUCGACAGAGACUUCUGGAAGGAAACAGACCUUUCUAUAUUUGAUCUUCUUGGCUUAGAAAGUAAAAUGACUCGCCAUGAGGCAGAACUGCUGGGUAAGAAGAAGGUGACGCGGAAACUCUUUGAGGAGCUGUUCACUGCGCCGCCACCGUCAAGCAGGCCGGCGGCCGUCAGACUGAAGCCCAGCAGGUUGUUCCAGCCUGUGCAGUACGGCCAGAAGCCUGAGGGCCGCACCGUGGCUUUCCCCAACACACACCCCCCCCGGACGGCCACCCCUGCCACAGCCACGGCCACACCACAGGGCCAUGUUCGAGGACGGCCACCCAUUGCCACGUUCUCUGCAAAUCCGGAUGCAAAAGCGGCAGCAGCCCCGUUUCAGACCUCUCAGGCCUCCACCGGUGCUCCGAGACACCAGCCUACCUCGACCUUCAGCACAGCACCUAGCCCAGCCCAUCCUGCGAAACUGCGGGCUCAGACCACUGUCCCGGCCUCCGCCCCGGGCCCACCCCAGCCCCAGCCCCAGGCCCCCUCGCACCCGGCCGGGCAGAGUGCGCUGCCUCAGGGGCUGGUGCUCACCUCGCAGGCCCAGGCGCGCCUGCCGAGUGGGGAGGUGGUCAAAAUAGCCCAACUGGCUUCCCUCGCAGGCCCGCCGAGCCGAGUCGCCCAACCAGAGACCCCCGUGACACUGCAGUUCCAAGGCAACAAGUUCACCUUGUCGCACAGCCAGCUUCGGCAGCUCACGGCCGGCCAGCCCCUACAGCUCCAAGGCAGUGUGCUCCAGAUUGUGUCGGCGCCUGGGCAGUCCUACCUGCGCCCUCCUGGCCCUGUGGUGAUGCAGACCGUGUCUCAGGCGGGGGCCCUGAAUGCCCUGGGAAGCAAGCCUCCAGCUAGUGGCCCAAGCCCCACGCCUGUGACCCCGCCAGUGGGUGUGCCUGGUCGAGUGGCAGUCAGUCCCCUGGCUGCAGGAGAACCCGGAGCGGCCUCCAAACCAGCUUCUCCUGUCGCUGGCCCCACCCAGGAGGAGAAGAGCAGACUUCUGAAAGAGCGGCUGGACCAGAUUUAUUUCGUCAAUGAACGGCGCUGCUCCCGCUCUCCCAUCUAUGGCAGAGACUUGUUGGGGGUUUGUUCCCUGCCUGGCAGAGAGCAGGUGCCCUGGUUCAGGGCUUCUGACCGUGGUCACGGGAAGGGGGCUAGGCCUGCAAGCAGGUACACAUCGCCCUCGAAAAGUCACAGGGACCUGAUUUUGACGCUGACUCAACGUCAAGAAUCCCUCCAGGAUGUCAUCGACAGAGUGGUGUGCGUGAUCCCGCCGGUGGUGGCCGCGCCUCCGCACUUGUGGGUGGCGAGGCCGCCCUCCCUCUACAGCCACAGGAUGCGGCUCUUCCGGCACUGCCUGCGGGAGCACACAGCGCCCUACGCGCAGCAGCUGCAGCGGAUGACAGCUCUGCACUCGCUGCGGUUCCCUGAGCUGAGGCUGGUCCAGUUUGACUCAGGAAAGCUGGAGGCCUUAGCCAUCUUACUUCAGAAGCUGAAGUCUGAAGGACGCCGAGUGCUGAUCUUAUCACAGAUGGUUCUCAUGUUGGACAUCUUAGAAAUGUUCUUGAACUUCCAUUAUCUCACCUACAUAAGAAUUGAUGAAAACGCCAACAGUGAACAACGGCAGGAACUGAUGAGGAGUUUCAACCGAGACCGGCGCAUCUUCUGUGCCCUCCUCUCCACACACAGCCGCGCCACGGGUGUGAGCCUGGUGGAGGCAGAUGCUGUGGUCUUCUACGAUCACGACCUCAACCCUGUGAUGGACGCCAAGGCCCAGGAGUGGUGCGACCGGAUAGGGCGGCGCAAGGACGUGCACAUAUACAGGCUCGUGAGUGGCAAUUCCAUUGAAGAGAAGUUGUUGAAAAAUGGCACCAAAGAUCUGAUCCGAGAAGUGGCUGCUCAGGGAAACGACUACUCCAUGGCGUUCCUCACGCAGCGGACGAUCCAGGAGCUGUUUGAGGUUUAUCCACCCAUGGAUGAUACUGGCUUCCCGGUGAAGGCCGAGGAGUUUGUCGUCCUUUCUCAGGAACCUUCUGUCACAGAAACCAUCGCACCCAAAAUUGCAAGACCUUUCAUAGAGGCCCUCAAGAGCAUCGAGUACCUGGAGGAGGAGGAUGCCCAGCAGCCGGCUGAGGAGGCCAUGCCCGGGUCGCCUGACUCCAGCGGUUCCAGGUGGGGCGAGGAGCCCUCGCAGCUGGAGGAGUUAGCGGACUUCAUGGGGCAGCUCACACCAAUUGAAAAAUAUGCUUUGAAUUACCUGGAAUUAUUCCAUACUUCCAUUGAUCAAGAAAAGGAGAGAAGUAGUGAGGGUGCCGUGAUGGCUGCUGUGCGUGAGUGGGAGGCCCGGAACGCACGGAGCCUGCGGGAGCAGGAGGCCAGGGCACGGCUGGAGCAGGAGCAGGAGCAGCUCCUCACCUACACCCGGGAGGACGCCUACAGUGCGGAGUUUGUGUGUGAGGGUGCCGAUGGGCAGACGGAGGUCAUGCCGCUCUGGACGCCACCCACACCCCCCCAGGACGACAACGACAUCUACAUCGACUCGGUCAUGUGUCUUAUGUACGAAACCACGCCCAUCCCUGAGUCCAAGCUGCCGCCUGUGUAUGUGAGAAAGGAGCGCCGCCGACACAAGACGGACCCCUCAGCCGCAGGCAGGAAGAAGAAGCAGCGGCAUGGGGAGGCCGUGGUGCCUCCACGGUCACUGUUUGACCGCACGACCCCCGGCAUGUUGAAGAUCCGCCGGGAGGGCAAGGAGCAGAAGAAGAACAUUCUGCUGAAGCAGCAGACGCAGUUCGCCAAGCCUCUGCCAACUUUUGCCAAACCGACCACGGAGUCCGGCCCCGACAACCCUGAGUGGCUCAUCAGCGAGGACUGGGCGCUGCUGCAGGCCGUGAAGCAGCUGCUUGAGCUGCCUUUGAACCUCACAAUUGUGUCCCCGGCCCACACGCCCAACUGGGACCUGGUCAGCGACGUCGUCAACUCCUGCAGCCGCAUCUACCGCUCCUCCAAGCAGUGCCGGAACCGCUACGAGAAUGUGCUCAUCCCCAGGGAGGAGGGCAAGAGUAAGAACAACCGUCCUCUGCGCACAGGCCAGAUGUACGCCCAGGACGAGAAUGCCACACACACCCAGCUGUACACGAGCCACUUUGACCUGAUGAAGAUGACUGCCGGGAAAAGGAGCCCCCCCAUCAAGCCCCUGCUUGGCAUGAAUCCCUUUCAGAAAAACCCCAAGCAUGCUUCUGUAUUGGCGGAAAGUGGCAUCAACUACGACAAACCCCUGCCUCCUAUUCAGGUCGCGUCCCUCCGGGCAGAGCGCAUUGCCAAGGAGAAAAAGGCACUGGCCGACCAGCAGAAGGCACAGCAGCCGCCUGUGACACAGCCCCCACCACCCCCGCCUCAGCCGCAGCCCCCGCCACCCCAGCAGCCGCCUCCACCUCUGCCCCAGCCCUCAGCAGCAGGCAGCCAGCAGCCCCCGGGGCCGCCUGCCGUCCAGCCCCAGGCUCAGGCACAGCCCCCUGCACAGCCCGCGCCACCCCCACCAAAGGCGCCCCCUGCGAUCACGACGGUGGGCAGUGCUGCAGUGCUGGCAGGAGCCAUCAAAACGUCCGUCACAGGGACGAGCAUGCCCGCGGGCACCGUGAGUGGAAAUGUGAUCGUGAACACCAUCGCUGGCGUCCCUGCCGCCACCUUCCAGUCCAUUAACAAGCGUCUGGCUUCGCCCGUGGCUCCUGGAGCCUUAACCACCUCGGGAGGCUCUGCUCCUGCCCAGGUGGUCCACACCCAGCCUCGAGCAGUUGGUUCCCCAGCCACGGCCACAUCCGACCUGGUGUCACUGGCACCGACUCAGGGUGUUCGAGCGGUCACCUCAGUGACGGCCUCGGCUGUGGUCACUACCAGCCUGACCCCCGUGCAGACCCCGACCCGGUCUUUGGUGACUCAGGUGUCCCAAGCCACAGGGGUCCAGCUCCCGGGGAAAACCAUCACGCCCGCACACUUCCAGCUCCUUCGGCAGCAGCAGCAGCAGCAACAACAGCAGCAGCAGCAGCAGCAGCAGCAGCAGCAGCAGGCCUCUCAGGUGCAGGUCCCACAGAUCCAAGGCCAGGCCCAGUCACCAGCACAGAUCAAGGCUGUGGGCAAGUUGACACCGGAACACCUGAUCAAAAUGCAGAAGCAGAAACUGCAGCUGCCCCAGCAGGCGCCCCCAGCACAGGCCCCAGCGGGGCCCCCGCAGCCAGCGGCUCAAGUGCAGGUGCAGCCCCCGCAGCCCACGCAGCAGCAGAGCCCCCAGCUCACCACGGUCACGGCCCCGAGGCCCGGCGCCCUGCUCACGGGCACCACCGUGGCCAACCUCCAGGUGGCCCGGCUCACCCGGGUCCCCACUUCACAGCUGCAGGCGCAAGGGCAGAUGCAGGCCCCAGCGCCCCAGCCGGCCCAGGUGGCACUGGCGAAGCCCCCGGUGGUGUCAGUGCCAGCAGCUGUGGUCUCCUCGCCGGGCGUCACGACCCUGCCCAUGAACGUUGCUGGGAUCAGUGUGGCCAUCGGGCAGCCGCAGAAAGCCGCAGGACAGACUGUCGUGGCCCAGCCCGUGCACGUCCAGCAGCUGCUGAAGCUCAAGCAGCAAGCCGUCCAGCAGCAGAAGGCCAUCCAGCCACAGGCUGCCCCAGGCCCUGCCGCUGUCCAGCAGAAGAUCACAGCACAGCAGAUUGCUGCUCAGGGCCAACCGCAGAAGGUCACCUACGCCACCCAGCCAGCCCUUAAAACCCAGUUUCUCACCACACCCAUCUCCCAGGCCCAGAAACUGGCCGGGACCCAGCAGGUGCAGACGCAGAUCCAGGUUGCAAAACUCCCUCAAGUCGUCCAACAGCAGACACCUGUGGCCAGCAUCCAGCAGGUCGCCUCUGCUUCCCAACAGGCUUCCCCACAGACUGUGACUCUCACCCAGGCGACAGCUGCUGGGCAGCAGGUCCAGAUGAUCCCUGCGGUGACAGCGACAGCACAGGUGGUGCAGCAGAAGCUCAUGCAGCAGCAAGUGGUGACCACAGCGGCCGCCCAGCUGCAGACCCCUGGCGUCCCCACCCCUGCCCAGGUGCCAGCCACCUCCGACAGCCCAAGCCAGCAGCCCAAGCUCCAGAUGAGGGUCCCUGCCGUCAGGUUAAAGACGCCCACCAAGCCUCCGUGCCCCUAGUUGGGACAGAGGGGCAGCCCCAGGCGGGCUACCUGUGUGUCGCACCGUCCCACCAAGAUGGGAUAGACUUUAUUUACUGAACCCUGGGACUGGGUCCUGUGGGAUGUUCGGCACCUGGAGCAGCAGUCCUCAGCGAACACCCUUUCUGUGUUAUGUAACUGGUUGAAAAAGUGACAGUGGCAGUUUUUCCUGGAUGUUUGACCUUUAGUUUCUCCUCCAGAGCAAUAGUGCUGGGUCUUGAAAGCCAACUAGAAUUUCUCUGUUAGUGUACAGUGUUUUGCACAUUGCAAGCAGCCGUUUGGAAGGUGCAGUGAGUCAUGAAGUAGAGCAUAUGAAGCUAAAACGUGGUCUGACAGCAUCUGCCUCUGUUUGGUUCUUUAUUCCUAUUUGAAAACCCAGUAUGGGAGGAGAAAAACUGUCUAAUAUCUAAGGUAGGUCAUCUCAGAGAAAACCAGUGUGGUUUUUUCCCUCCUUCCUAAAAUGUGACUUGUUUGGACCCUUAAAGGAGAGGCUUAGUACUGAUACACAUUGAAGCACGUUCAUAACGUGUCCCCAGCUGGUGUUGAAGGGAAGUGACCUGAGGUUGAAUUUUCAUUCCAAAGAGCACAGGUGUGGCUUCCCCUAGAGUGACCAGUUUCCAUGUAAACGGAACCUUUGGGACUGUUCCCAUCCCAGUACAUCCACAGUAUUUUCCCAGGUUUUGGAUAAACUUGUAAUUGGACUUAGAGUAUUGAGGCAGCUCCUGAAGAUUUUGUGAGGCUCCCAUCUGGGAGUGGUUCAGGGCCCAGAGUGCUGUGCAAGGGUUGUCACAUUGCAGAGUGCACUGCUGAGUGCAGGGUGGGGCAAGACGCCCACUGAGGGCAGGUAGCCUGCGUUGCCCCUUUGCUCUCAUGCCCAGCCCAAGCGUGACCUGCGGAGGUGAGAAGUCUCUGUGUACAGGUGGUGUGUUUAUGCACCUACAAAUAUAAUCUACAGAAAUGGAUGUGGUGGCAUCUUCAUACUAGACUUGUCAUGUCUCAUUUGUGAGUAGAUCGGCUGCUUGGGUUUCUGCCUAAAGCAGGGAGCUGUCCAAGCUCUGGGGUGGCAGCCCCAUGGUUGAGGGGCAGAGAGGUGGCCCUGUGUUUGCUGCUUUUAGGUUUUUUUUUUUUCCACUGUGGCAACUGCAGUGGACUUGAUUGGGUGGUGAUGUCUGCUUACCUGGAAGUGUCCACCCAAGGAAAAGGCACAUGUCUGAUGACACCCUCUCUGCUCUGUCUCUGUGCAUAUUUUACAGUUUGGGUCCUGGAGAUCAGGUUGUGUGAGGUCUCUGUGUACUAAAGAACAGUUCUAGCAUACCAAGAGAUUUUUCAUUUUGACCAAUGUUUCCUCCCCCUUUACAUCACUUUUUAUGACAAAAAGGAAAGUGUUCUGUCCUGAAUCUUCCUUAUUUCCCAUCAAUUUAUGUGGACAGUAAUAUGGCAAUUGAUACCUUAGUGAAGCCAACUAAGCAGCUCAUUUUUGCCUUCUUGGCAUGAAAUUUGGAAAAAAGUUAAAAUCAGGUGUUGAAAGUGGGAGGGAUUUAACAUUUCAAUAAAUUGAACAACCAAAACAGAACACUGUAAUACCAAACCACACCGAACAGAACACUUCUGACUUGUUCAUUGUGCUUUGGCACCUGCUGUGAUGAGAGAGUACUGCGUGCAGGAAAUACUUCAUAGCUGGGUGCUGAGGAGAGUUUCUACAGUUUUUUUAAUCCUCAAAUGUGCAGAGCUAAAAAGGAAUUCUCCUUUUCAGCUUAUUUUAGUUUGUGCAGCCGAUGGUUUUGUUCUUUCAUGGAGUGUUGACGGUCUCUUUGUAGAUGGUGGUGAAAUGUUGAGUGUUUAGAAUAUCCUAGAAAUAGCUGCCUGAAUAGAAGUCCUCUAUUAAUCUAGAACACUAGAAGAGAAAUUUAGAAAAGUCUCUCAAAAGCCUUCUGAGAGAACAGAACUGGAGUCUGAAUAUUUGCAGUGUGGAACUCCUGCCCUGUCUUACCAUGUGAGUGAAAGAAGUUGUUUCCUUCGCAAUUCCCUGUCUCAAGAUAUGGGAGAGAAAAUAGUUUUAUUGGUCUCACUCAAUUUAGUUAACAUCUAGAUGUCGCCACUGACCUCAUAGUCUUCAGUAGUGUCAUUUGUAGGUAAAAGUUCCAGUGUAUUGUUUUCUUGACCUUCUGUUUUAAAGGUUAAACUUUCCAUAUUUAAGUGUGAGUUUAGGGUGGUGUUUUCCAGGUUUCCUCAGAUUGAUACUGUUGGCAGAAUCCCAUAUUACCUUGCAGAACAGGGUCCCCACCCCCGCCCCACAGUGCAGUGGUAAUGACUGAAAGAAAUCUUCAGAACAUAAAAUAUAAAGACAGCAGCCAAACACUGUCAAACUGGAAUUGGCCAUCACGGAAAUCAGUCACGCAGUUUUUCAUUGAUUCAGAGGCAUUUGCUCUAGUAGGGGUUGGGCGGUGGUUAGAGGGCUGGGGGAAGCAGGAGACUGAAGUGAGCCUCUUCAGGCAGAGGCUUUCCCUUUUGCCACCUUCAGGAUUUUUCGUUAACUGUUGUGUCCAGAUAGCUGUUGUGUUUUAAAAUAUAAAGAAAGAAGACUGAAAUUGUAAAUACUUUGUAAACAUAAUCAUUUGUACUUGAAUAGUAGGGUUUUAAAGGGCACUGAUA